ACCGUGGAUGUUACACCGAGGCCUAGCGUUGCUCCUACGCACCCAGAUGCACUCGUCUACCCUUAUAGACGUCCUCGGUCACGACCUUCGUCGUCCGCAGAGGCCGGCUCUGGUUCAAACUCCCCUACGUCGGUGUUGGCCAAAUCGGCGUCUGUAUCCUCUUCUUCAGCCCGCGGUGCGCAUAUAUCACGUGCUUUACCUGGUCGAUACUCUUCGAAUGGGAGAGAAGACGUUGAAUUUAGCUCAGAUGACGAUUCUUAUGAGUUUGAUAAUAUUGAUUACUCGGAAGGGGAUGAUGGCGAAGAGAAUAUCGAAAUCAGUUCGGCAAGGUUUUCAAUGACUUCUGGAGGUACGGGAAAUUAUUUUGGCGGACACGCUAGCUAUGGACCGCCAGAAGGUUACCGAGAUCGAGAAGGCAGCGUCGCGACGCUAAGAAUAAAGCGUCCUGACAGUGGAGGCGACAGGGACCGCCCUCCACCUAUAUUCACUUCCCCGUUCGCGUCUACAUCCGCCGUUGCUUCUCCAUCCUCUUCGGUCCCUCCCUCUUUCGACACGGGCAUGGCCCGUCCUCCCUCUGUUAGCGCAACUCCCACCUCUCCGUCUGCUGACACUACACCUAGUGGUAUGGAUGCCGACUUCGACUUUGCAUACAUCACUUCCUUCGGUGCUGACCUGUCUGCGGAUCCUUCCUCCUCUGUGCCCGACUUUGUUCGACCGCGACGAGUGAGUGCUAUGUCUCUUUCCGGUACUUCCAGUAAUCGGGAAACUUCUGGCCGGAAAGACUCCCUCGGAAAGUCGUUAUUCUUUUCCUGGCUCUCCGGUCGUCGACCUUCGACUGCGACUGUUGCUAGCUCAAACUCGUCCAACAUGUUUAUCCACGAUGAUACUUUCGCCCAGACUUUAUUGAAGUGGGGCGGAGAGGGAUAUAAGGAGCAGAGGAAAGAUUGGACGAUCCGGAGGGAGGUCCACCCAGUUUCAUCUUCUUCGAGCUCAGCACCCACAUCCUCUGGAAAUAAAGAGGAAAAAUUGAAGCGAAUAACAACGACGAGUACUGCUCCCAGAAUGAGCACAGCUACCAACAUCACUGCAGUGACGUCAACUGCUGUUGGGACUUCUCAUGGUUUUCUCAGUCCGGAACCGCCGUCUUCCCUCAACAAAGACAGGGAAGCAUCCCAUUCACAUACCAAAUCCCAAUCACACGAUACUUCCAAAGACUCGCGGUCUCAAGAAAAAGAUCAUUCGCAUAAAGAGAGGGAAAAGGAACGUCUUCGCCGCUCAACCAUGCAUUGGCGAGGUAUGCCUGUUGGUUCGGAAGAGGUGUGGGGUAAUGAUCUUCUAGGGAAAUUUGCGGUGUAUAGAGAAGAGGUUGGUAGAGGUGCGAAGGCCGAAGACCCAAUGAAAGGUCCUCAACAGCGCCUACUCAUCCGUUUCAGACCAGACCCGCAGCAAACGCCAAAACCUUCUGAGCAGCACUUAUAUCUUCCCCAUCCACCCGUGACCGUCCACAAACAUUCCAAAGCGAUGGCGUUUAGUCUAACAAGGUACCACAAGCCAAGUCAUGUCACCAGUUCUUCAGCAGCAAUGCGUGCAAGAAGCGCAACUCCAUCCGAAGGGUUUGUAAACUCACAGCAUGCUCGUCUACCUCCGCAUCUCAAAGCUGCUGGUGUUGUUGGAAGUAGCGGUUCGUCAGCUUUGCCUGUUCCCCGAGCUACUGCCAACCGUAUCAUCCUGUUGGCUCCACGGAGAGUGCAAGAAGCAUUCACAAGUACCACAACCACGAAGAUGUUAGCUGAUCAUGGAUUGUUGAGUCCUCCUUCUGGCUCACUCAGUCGGAACGAAAAGGAUAGGAUUCGGGACAUAGAUGGAGAUAAGAGAAAGAAAUCGCUCCCGGGAGAUGGAAAAUCUGCCCGAUCAUCACCGUCGCCAGAGAAAAUGCGCAGAAAGAAAAGUAUCUCAGCGUCCCAGCCGCAGUUACCGUCGCGUAGUUCUUCAGCGACUCCUCCUCCAGUCCCUGCUCUUCCGACAACACCGAAUACACCUGCAUCGUUAUCACCAUCGGCCCAAAUAACCCCUUUGAAUUCUUCGAGUCUUUCUCCUCCUGCGAUAUACCCCAAUUCAUUUUCGGAUGAUGCGCCUUCAACUAAUAUCGAGGGACCUCCAUCCUCUUCUUCCACAUCAACCACGUCUACUUCUCUCGCAUCCUCUUCCACAUCUGUAUCUCAAAGGAUGUCCUCCUGCACGACCGACACGGACAAUACCGAUCAUACUGAGCACACCGACCGAUCUUCCACACUUGUUGACUCUGAACUAUCAGAAAUAUCCUCUACCUCUGCCUCUGAAGCUUCUGCGUCCGAAUCGUCCGUCGGAUCCUCGCGUCCUCAUAGACAUCGGAUACCUCGAAGAAAGUUGCAUGAAUAUGAUCAUGAUCAUAACGAAGAUGAAGCGGACGAAUCUUCUUAUAAUGACGACGACCAUGAUGAUGACUUGUAUGGCUACCGACCCCACCGUGACGGUGGCUCAUCUCGAGUGGCUCGGACACCUCAUAACGAGACGUAUGGUACUGUAGACUUUAGCAGUGCAAACGAUCGACAGAGAAUACUUCAAAUAGUGUCUGACUCCUCUUCAUCCUCCUCCUCGUCGCCUUUCUCAAUACUACGGUUUAUCAAUCGUAACGUCCGCACCGGCGUUAUCGACUCUUUGGAUCCUUCAGCAUCUGCUUUACGCGCUACAGCUGGGCCCGCCUUCGAUCCUCCGUGGCUAACAUUCCCUAGUCGCGGGAAACAGGAACAGCAACGGAGAGUGGUAGACAAUCUAAAUAUGAGCUUCAAAGAUGUGGGCCUAUUGCCCAGCACGCCCCGGGAGAAUCAUGGACGGCCUGGAAGUAGCAGCGUUGGUCGAAGUACCAGAAGUACGAUAACUGGCAGUGGGAGAAGAAAGAGUGUCAGUGGUGGCGGGAAGAGUAAAAAGGACAAGGGAUCGAGCAGUAAGGCUUCCUCUGACCCAUCUAGGGACGUCUUUGCAUCUGUACCCCCUGAGUCUCUCUGUAUGCUCCUCCCGCUCUGGCCCGGGGACACUGAUCCACCCUCUCAAGCGCACUCACAGCAUGUCUACCCACCUUCUCAGUCUUCGUUCAAGAAGCCAGUACUUCCCUUAGAGAAGAGAACGUUUUUGCUGGUGUGGUACAAGGCCCUCGAACCGCAAUUGCCAUCGCUGAAAGGGGGAAAAGACGGAGAUAGGAAAGCUGGAGCGGAUAAAGAGAAAGAAGAGGUUGCGUUGGCAGUCAUCGAUUCUCUGAUUGGAUUUUCUCCCGACACAGAGAAGGAAACGAAAGAUAAAGACAAGAAGGAUAAAAAGUCCAAAAGCAAUUCCAACAAAUCCGCAGGAUCCGGAAAAGACUCUGGCAAGGAUUCGGGCAAGGAUUCAGGGAAAUCUUCGCAUGCCUCUCCAACGUCGUCGAGUGAUAGCACAGGCUUUCUCCGCUCUUCACGUUCUCUGGGAGGUAUUGGUAUUGGGGGUGGUUCAGGCCGUGGUUCAGGCACGGGCAGCGCUACUGCCAGUGGGACUCACCAUUCCAACCUAACUUGGGCUCAACUUCAUGCCAAUGACGAAAGGAACAUCCUUCUUCCUGGAUUCCUCAUCACCGUUCGGCGGGUGUCUUAUCGCGAUCUACAGGGAACAGGUGUGCGAGUUCCCGAUGAGGGUGUAACGGUGAAUGGUCCGUUAGAGGAGGCAUGGAGGGAAUGUUUCAACAUACCUGACAGUAUGUCUGGUAUCAUGGCCGACUCUGGGUCACCUUUAACUCCGUCGUUUAUGCCAGACCCUACCAUUCUUGCUGUAUGCCAUUCUCGCGAGUCUGGAGUAGAGUUUGAUCCUGAAGCACUUAUAUCCCUUGGGCUUUGUAAAGUGUUGAAUCCGCUUCCCAUGGGCAUGGUCGCAGAGGACUUUGUUGAGAAUGGAGCUGAGAUGUCAGGACAAGAUGGAUGGGGCUUCGGAGGCAUGGAAUUGAAACUCAAAUUGACCCCGGUAGGCAGAUCAGUCAUGGAGAUGUGCUGGGUAGGUGGAUUGGCAUUAAUGAGCUUCGGACCGAGUUGAGUAGUCCUUUGUAUGUAGGUUGGGUGUUUGGAAGGGUGACACUGCUAAAUGAUCAUGUUCCUGUCUUUUCUGCGUAUUUUGUCCUUUCCAUCUGUAUAUCUAUCUCAUAUACAUAUUGCAUCUACUUACUUUUACUCACAUAGUCACUUCUACCAUAGUCAUUAUUUUCAUUCGAUUUGUCUCAUUGUCUGUCUGUUUUGCCGCCACAUUUGGCUCCUCUUGACGACCGUCUUGUCCUACCCAGCCUGAAUUUGUAUCUGGGAUACUAACUACCUACCUACCUUAUUUUGGAUAUGAAUCAUUUGAAAUUUCACAAA